GAGCCGGAACCAAGACGACGAAACGCGCCCCUCAGGACGAAUCCAACGGCUGUUUCGAUUGCAGGAAACCCAUACGUAGCCCCCUAUAGUUCAUUCAAUGCGGAGCCGUACACAGUUGAGGAACUGACAGCACGUCAAUUCCGCACUGUGUUCGACUACAUCACAACUAACAACGUCCUGAGAGACUACAUCAGGAACAUCACGAUCCCGUCAGACUUCGAUGCAGUCUCCCAGUCCAAUAUACUACUGAUAAGACGCCAGCCCCUCGACAUCAGAUACACCCAUCUAAUGGGCUGGAUCCACGAAUUGACUCAUAGUAUUACUUCCAUUUCAGUCAACCGAGAUCUACUCCAGGAACUACUUAUCCCCCGUCUAUUUAAGUGGGACGACGACACGGACUACUUUAGAGCCACCCUUCAGCUGGUCGGCUUAACUGAGCAAAAAGUCAUGGAAAUACUCCAACAUUGCUCAGCCGUCACAGCUCAUGCCACACGCAUGAUCAGAGUGAUGGAAGCCCACCAAAUGGUCCACAUCAUGAACCGUAAAACGGUUCGCGUCACAGCUGAAGACGAACAAUAUAGAUUCCAGUCGGCGUUCUACAAUCCCCCUCCGUGGUCGGACGAACCUAGUUCGUACAUCCAGACUUUACGCUGGUGGCGCGAGAACUACUCCGACGCGUUGCUAAUAAGAAGAACAGAUCUUGAGGUCGCUUCGAUAGGAUACAACAGGAACACGCUCGCGGGUAUCCUCCAACUGCCCCAGAGCAGUCGUCGCAACGACCCGCGACAACGAUAA